GCCCCACCGCACUACAGCUCCCGCCUGCCCAGCGGGCAGAUAGAGAGGGGGGCGGGAAGGGAAGGAGGAAGGAAGGGCUUCCCCACUGCGGCGGGAACUACAUGUCCCGGCGUGCGCCGCUGCGGGCGGGGAGCGGCUCGGGGGCGGUGGAGCCCUGAGGCGAGUGAGGGCGAGGCUGGCGGUGCGUGGCUCCGGCGGUCCCUGAGUUGUGGUUCCCGGGAGGAGUGAGAGGCUCAGGAUGUCGAGGAAUUUCUCUGACACAGGCAGCAGAAAAGAGCAUGUUAAAAUCACAAGUGAACCCAAACCAGGGUUCCUGGAGCGGCUCAGUGAGACUUCUGCAGGCAUGUUGAUUGGACUUGUGACAUUUCUUCUGGCUUUCUACCUUCUUUUUACCAAUGAAGGGCGAGCUUUAAGGACAGCCAGGUCUCUCGAUGAGGGGCUUUCUCUUGUGGUCCCUCUUGACAGCAUCCACAGUAUCUCUCAGCAGAACGAGGGGAGACUGGUGCACUUGACUGGAGCUCUGAGUACAUCUAAGCCUUUGUUUGACCCCAGCUAUGGGCUCUCCAUCCGAGCUGUCAAACUUAAGCGUAACGUGGAAAUGUACCAGUGGGUAGAAUAUGAAGAUUCCAAGGAAUAUGAGGAGAAUGGUGAGAUUAAGAAAGAGACAACAUACUCAUACAAUACAGAGUGGAAAUCAGAAGUUGUGAACAGCAGAAACUUUGAUCGAGAAAUUGGACACAAAAACCCGAGUGCCAUGGCUGUGGAGUCUUUCACUGCUGUUUCUCCUAAUGUCCAGAUUGGCAGCUUUGUCCUUUCCAAGGGUCUCGUGGAUAAAAUUGAUGAUUUCAAGCAGUUGAGUUUGUCACACCUGGAGGAUCCCCAUGCCGACGUUACCCGCAGAGGAGAUUACUUCUAUCACAGUGACAACCCCGGGCGUCCAGAGGUGGGAGACCUUCGUGUCUCCUUCUUCUAUGCAGGUCUGAGUGGAGAUGAUCCCCAUUUAGGCUCUGCUGCUGAGGUGACUGUGAUUGCUCGGCAGCGAGGUGAUCAGCUGGUUCCAUAUCAUACCAAGUCUGGAGAUGUUCUGGAGAUUCUGUACCCUGGGUACCUUUCUGUGGAGGAGGUGUUUCAGAAGGAGCAGGAGAGUAACACCGUGAAGACUUGGGCCCUCCGUGCAGCCGGCUGGCUCUCAAUGUUUGUGGGCAUCAGCCUGAUGACCCGAAUCUUUUACACUUUAGUGGACUGGUUUCCUGUUGUGAGGGACCUGGUUAAUGUUGGCUUGAAGGCGUUUGCCCUGUGUGUGGCCAGCUCGCUGACCCUGCUGACCAUCUCUGUGGGCUGGCUCUUCUACCGCCCGCUCUGGGCCCUGCUCCUCGCGCUGCUCUCCAUAGUCCCCAUCGUGGUGGCCAGAUCCCGUGUUCCGCCCAAGAAGCAGCAGUGACCGGGAGGUGGUCGGGUCUUGAGCUGAGUCCUGGUUAGAACCUUGCCAGGUGCAUUUCUGCCCAGUUCCUGCAGCAAGCUUACAGCAAAUCACAGCUCAGCAGAGGGCACUGAAAGCUGGGGAGGGGGGUUGAAUGUUGCGAUUGAUGCGCCUUAUCCAUAGGACUAUAGGAUGCUGUUUGGGGGAAGUCAGUGACACCAGCUUUGGGGAAAAAAGCAUUUUGGGUGUGUAUAUUGACGGUAAGUUAGUGAAUAAGCAGAUUUGUACCUCUUACUGCUUAGUAAUUCCCCCUGAUUUGAGAACUGUCAAGUCCUUGCUGGGUGGGGCACCUUGUGUGUGAAAGUGCCAGCUGCAUCCCAUGAACCCUGGUUAAAUGUCCUUAGGAAAUGCGUGUGCCUGCCUGUCUCUGACAAACCCUCCCUCUGCUGCUUUCUCUUGUUUGCAGGCAGUGUAUGUGUUUAAAGGGAAAACACAGCUUUGGUAGAUUACACACAAUACUCAUGUAAACCCUCUGAUUUUGGACUGAGGAUUUUCAAAGUCAUUAGUGUAAUGAGUGGCCAGAUUAGCUGUACUCUGAGACUGAGCAGAUUUAUCAAGACACAUUGGUUUCCCCCAGGUUUUAAAAGUAUCUGAAGCUGUUCUUGGUUAAGUAUAAAAAAUGAUACCCUGAACUAUAUCAUUGCAGAACUGUUUCAAAAAUUUCACUUCAAAUUGCACUUAAAAGGGAUACUCAGAGGUCAUUCACCUGUAAAUAUAAAACCUACUGCCUUGAAACAACACUGACUUUCAUAACUGAAUAUGUAGUCUUUAAAAUAGUUGGGGUUUUUUGCUCUGUAUACUGUUCCUUUCUUUAAUUUCACUUAGGACGAUGAACAUACUUCGUGAAAUUAAGUAAUGGGAGCAUCUUUGCCUUAUUAGUUUUCAUAUAUUUCAGUAGUCUAAAUUGUUAGUUUUGUAUCAUGUUAGAGGAAUGCUGUGUAGCGUUGUGACAGCUCACGUUUGUGUGCUGUAACCAGUACUUAAGGUGAGACACUCACCAAGCUAGAGUCUGGCGUCCAGAUGGGCCUCCCUACACCAAAGUGUUUUGGGGGUUUUUCUAAGUUUACACAAUUCAGUACAAAAAUAAUGUUUUCAAUUAUGAAAUCUAUUUAUGUCCAUCAGUGUUCUCUGUACCAAAGGAACUUCACUUGAACGAACGUACAUAGGAGCAAAUGUUUGCUAGAAAUGGUACUGAAAUAGAAAUCUGAAUUAGAAAUCGUAAAUGUUUUGAGAAUAUGUAAUUAUUUUAUUAGUCCUAAUUACUUUGAUUCUUUUGGUAUUUGAAUAUUGUCAGUUUGUCUCACAGCUCUGUGCUGCUGGUGAAAGCAGGAGCAGUGACAGGGCAGGUAGAGGAGACAGCCUUGUGCUUGCACUGGUACAUGGCAGUGGUGCUGCAGUCUUCCUGCUGCUCAGCAACACCAGCUCACGCCGUCAGGAAUUGCGCUGUGCAGGGAAGAGAAAUGGGGUUUGAACUGCUGCUGUUUUGCCCAUGAUGCAGAACACUAACCACCAUUACUUAUUGGAAAUGAAGUGACAAAUUUUCUACAGAAGUGCUGAGCUUUUGUAUAUUUAAUAAAACACAGUUUUCAAAA